CAAACUGAGCGGAACCUUAGUCCGCGACUGUGGGUUCGCAGGGGGAUGUUUUUAAUGUGACACGAGGUGAAGCUGGGAUGUUGAAGGGGAACAUGGCAGCUGGUGUCGGUGUGAAACUGGCUUCAUGGAGCAGUAGAGCCUUGCUCUACAGAACCACGUCACCCGGAGGCGUCUGUCGACAACACGCGGCUGUGACACAGAUCGUGAGAGCGAAGAGCAGCGCGACGGCGGAUUCACAAAGCAACCAAGAGUUCUGCCUGCAGCUGGUCCGGUCCAGAGACUAUGAUGGCUUUGUGUCCUCCCUCCUCCUCCCAGAAGAGGCCCGGCGCUCCUCCUUGGCUCUGAGGGCGUUUAAUGUGGAGCUGGCACAGGUGAAGGAUUCCGUUUCCCAGAAGACCAUUGGUCUGAUGCGGAUGCAGUUCUGGAAGACGGCCAUAGAAGAAAUCUACAGAGAUGAGCCCCCGAAUCAGCCAGUCACCGCCGAGCUGUGGAGGGCAGCGAGGAAACACUACCUGACGAAGAGAUGGCUGCUGAAGAUCAUAACUGACAGAGAAAAGGAUCUGGAUGACCGAGCCUACAGGAACCUUCAGGAGCUGGAGACGUAUUCAGAGAACACACAGUCCUCCUUAAUAUACCUGCUGCUGGAGUGUUUAGGUUUGAAAAACGUCCACGCCGACCACGCAGCGAGUCACAUCGGCAAAGCUCAGGGAAUAGUGACGUGUCUCAGAGCGACUCCGUUUCACAGCAGCCGACGGAAAGUCUACUUGCCCAUGGACGUCUGCAUGUUGCACGGAGCUUCUCAGGAGGACUUCAUCCGCGGCAGCCGGGAGCAGAACGUCCGGGAUGUGGUGUACGACAUCGCUAGUCAGGCUCACGUACAUUUACAACACGCGCGAUCAUUCAGCCACAACGUUCCAGCAGCUGCCACCGCAGCCUUCCUGCAGACGGUGAGUCAGGGUCACAAAACAG